AUGGGCUCUUGGGAAUGCUACUGCGCGAUAUGCGCCGUGACAAUGCAAGACGUGCAGUUUCGCGGGCUCGACCCAGGCCUGGUACGAGACCUAGCUGACGUUAGGGAGGCAGGCGGUGAGAGUGGCGGCGAAGAUGAAGACGAGGAGGAAGUGGUCAACGAAGAGUGCUAUGACCCCAAGGUCUUGGACCCUCGAGAUACCCAGUGGCUUUCCGACUGCCGCAUAAUGGGCAUUAACCCUGCGACCGAGAAGGUCUUCAUCUCUGGCCCAGGAGCCUAUGUAGACUACGGACAAAUGGAUUGCGAGCCUGGUGACGACCCCGAGGCUGAAGGCAUAGAUGGCAUGGAGGACAUGGCUUGCUACCAAGGCGCGUUUCCAUUCCACUGGAACUGCUACCUUUUACUCUGCCGUCGUCUUACAGGAUCCGACGAGACCAGCCGAAUCAACAAGGAUGUGUUGCACAGCAUCAUGCAAUCACUCGAGGAAGAUGGCGAACCAGUCCUCGGCCUAGACUAUGCACGGGACCUGGUCGAUGUCGAUUGGUGCCCAGGCGAACAGGCCUGGGGCUCCUUUGCGGGCCAGGAAUUCUUCGUCACAUCACCAUGGCCUGUUUCGGAGCUUUCGUCGCAGCUUCCAAAUGAACUCAGUCACUCCCUUCGCAUGAGUGCACUAGAUACGUCCAUGAGUGGCAAAGUGAAGGCGGACCCGUUCUCCAAGCUUCCCCAGGAGGUCACGGAGCAGAUUCUCUCCCACGUCAGCCAGUCAGAUCUUCAGAGCCUUCUUCUGGCGUCGUGGGUCAUUCAUGCUGGUAGUCAUGACAACGAUGGGUUUUGGAAGAGACGUAUCAAGAAGGAAAUGCCCUGGUUCUGCGAACUUGACGAGCUUCUGGGCAAGGAGGAGUCGAGUAGUAUCGAGAGCAUCAAGGGGCUUUUCCUCUGGGCCAGUGAUGCUACCAAGCCUCGAGAAGGGAUUACAGGCCCAUUGAUGGCAAUAUCUAACCGUCGGCGGGUUUAG